CCGAUUCAUGACUGUUGUACAGUUGCUAAUGUUACGGCGGGUGUCCGUUGAGUAAUGAUUUUUAUGUUACAUUGACAAGGUUGGCAGGGUUUUUCUAAACCAGAUACUUCAAUAGUAUAUAUGUGAUGUGAAGUGGGCGGACAAAAUGUCUAACUGUGUUAAUUAUCAGGCACAAAUAGCUUCGAUCAUGGACAUACUAAGUAAAGCAGCCGUAGCAGAAAUUAGUAAAGUUGUUGAUGACGGAUUUGUCCUGCUUCGACUGGAAAUGUGUCGAAAAGAGAACGAGAUUGAAUCGCUGAAAAUGAAAAUACAGUCACUGGAGAACGAGUCGAGGACGACAGCAAGACAAGGACAGCGGGCGCCUGUUUACAGUCGCUCCGUACAUCAUGGGAUAAAAUUGAGAAGAGCGGGGAAAAGAGCUACUGAUAGUGGCGAUUAUGGAGAGGAGACUACGCUUGAACAUAACCGGUUUGAAAAUAACUGUGAUACAAGAACACCGCAAGGAGGGGAACAGGUAACACAGCCCACACUUGCAGAAGAUGGGGAAAAAACGGAAAAGGAACCCGAACCUGCAGGAGGCCUAAAGGAUCUGGAAAAAGUAUUUGGGCAGGAGUGGAGCUUCAGUCUGAGAAGAGAUGGAGAACCUGCAGGUGUGGAAGAGGUAGACACACCUUUACAGUCCGGAAUCAUGAGGAACCAGUCUGCAGACGUGGAGAAGGUUGGACCUGAACCUGUUAUCAAGCAGGAGAAACUGGAAGAGGUCUUGUGUUACAGUGACCCAGAGCCCACACCUGUAGAAGAGGAACACGUAACACAGCCCACACCAGUAGGAGAUGGCAAGAAACCGGACACAGAGCCCACACCUGUAGGAGACCCAGAGGAGCUGAGUGAGCAGCACAGGUGUGGACACGGUGAUGAGGAGCUCAGUGGACUGGAGUUUGUGGUGAAGGCAGAGCAAGAGGAAGAGCAUGUAGCCCAGAGACUCAAUCAGACAGGAUGUGAACCCAGUGCAGGAAGACUCAACAAUCUGGGCUCUGAGUAUGUAAUGUAUGAGAGAGACAGUCAGCUGUGGACUUCCUUUACCCAAGAGGACAGUGACAUAGAGACUGAUGAUCCAGUUUGUUCUAACACUACAGAACAGUGCUCACAGAAUCUGUCAAUUCACACACAGCUACAACAUGCUCCUGCCACCAUGGAAGUCUCUGGAGACACACUGUCCCCUUUUGGGGCUUCAUAUGUUGAGGAGUUUGAUCAGAUGGGUGAGAAGCCGUCUGCUUGCAGUGAGGAGCUCAGAUCAGAGGCCAUUCACACACAGCAGGGUCAGUACAGAGAGAGACUUGGGCACACAGUGGAGAGAGAGAAUCAGACAUUACUGCCCCAGCAGCAGCAGCAACAUGGACCCUCAGUAAAACACAUGAGAGGCAGUGAGAGUCCAGCCUCAGGCUCUCAGUACGAGACCAGCUCUACUCUGAGUACCAGUGCUUUCAACAUUAGGAGAACGUUGACCGUAAGGAGGUGUGAUGUCGGAGAGAAGCGAUUCGUUUGCUCAUUUUGUGGAAAAAGAUUUGACAGAUUAAGUCAUUUGGAAAGACAUAGGAGAAUUCAUACGGGAGAGAAACCCUUCAGCUGUCCCACCUGUGGGAAGAGUUUCUCACAGAAAAGCAGUCUCCAGGGGCACCAGCGAGUACACACCGGGGAGAAACCAUACAGCUGUUCCAUCUGCGGAAAGACCUUUUCUUGCUCGUCCAACCGCAAUGCGCACCAGUGUGACCACACAUUCAGCAGAGAAUAUCGGUGUUUUGUUUGUGGAAAGACGUGUUCUGACUUAAAGACGUUCAAUAUGCAUCAGAAAAUUCACACAGAGAAAAUAUUCUUCUGUGCUUAAGUGCAAAAAAUUUGAUAUUGUACCUCAAAACUGCCUUUUUAGUGCUUACAGUGCACGUAGUGUGCAUUUCUGUGCUUGUCUAUAGCAUGUAUUGUAAGCCUUUGCUACCUCUUUUAAUAAAGCCAUCUUAGAGUA